GUCCAAGUGAAAGGGAAAAUAAAAAGAGGGGGAAUAAAGACAAAAUGGAAUCAAGUCAUGUAAUAUCCAUUGCAAAUGAAGAAGAUAACAACAACAACGACAACAAUAUUGCUCAAAUGAAGAAUGAAACAAAUACCCAUCUUGAAAAAAAUAAAAACUUAUCCUUUGUUCCAAUUACUUCCAACCCAAAGGACAAAAAUAAUAAGCAAAUAAAAAGUGACCAUGAUAUUAAGAAGAUGGUUCAUAGCAUCAAAGUAGGAAUCUCACUUGUUUUGGUAUCACUUCUUUACAUUUUGAAUCCUCUCUUUGAUCAAGUUGGUGAAAAUGCAAUGUGGGCUAUCAUGACUGUUGUUGUCAUCUCUGAAUUCAAUGCAGGAGCUACACUAGGAAAAGGCUUGAAUCGUGGAAUAGGUACCAUUGUAGGAGGUGGAUUGGGAUGCUUGGCAGCAAUUUUUGCACAAAGCAUUGGAGGAGUUGGCAACUCAAUUUUCAUUGGCACUUCGGUAUAUAUUUUUGGAUCAGUUGCUACAUAUUUUCGACUAGUUCCAAAAAUAAAGAAUAGAUAUGAUUAUGGAGUGGUGGUAUUUAUGCUGACCUUCAAUCUAGUAGUGGUAUCUGGGGCACGUCCAGGUGUGAAAGUGUGGGAAUUAGCAAGAGAACGUUUAUUGAACAUCCUAAUGGGUUUCAUUAUUGCAAUUUGUGUGAAUUUGUUCGUCUUUCCUUUGUGGGCCAGUGAUGAACUUCAUGAUUCCAUUGUCUCAAGAUUCCAUAAUCUUGCCAAUACAAUACAAGGUUGCUUAGAGGAAUGCUCCAAAACGGUCAAGGAAAAUCAACCUGAUACCAGCUUCACAGUUUGCAAGUCAGUGUUAAACUCCAAGUCAAAGGAUGAAUCAUUGGCAAAUUUCGCAAAAUGGGAACCCUGGCAUGGGAAAUUUGGAUUUUCCUACCCAUGGCAAAAAUACUUAAAGAUUGGAGAGGUUAUUCGAGAACUAGCUGCACUCAUUCUUGCAUUGGAACGUUGCUUCCAAGCCUCAAAAAAGAUUACGGCAUCUUUGAAGCAGCCCAAAAAAGUUCAAUUAGAACAGUGCGAGGCAAUAGGGUCAAGGAUUGUGUGGACUCUACGAGAAGUUGGAGAUAGCAUGAAACAAAUGAGAAAAUGUGAAGGAAGGGACAACACUAUAGAUAAGUUGAAAACAACGAGAGAAGAGUUGAGUUUGGUCAUUUCCACGUCCAUGAUUGAAGAAUUUGAGAAUGGUGAAAUGCUACCAAUUGCAAGCUUGGUAUUCUUGCUAAUGGAAGUGGUGGAGAAGGUAGGGGAAUUGGUUAUAGAGGUUGGAGAACUUCAAGAUAUGGCUGGUUUUCGCACCCGCUAACUCCAUUAUCUUCCUAUAUACAUCAUAAAACCGGUCGUAGAUGAUCUGAGUUUUCAUAUGUGUAUGUAUAUAUGAAGUUAGUAUUAACCAUUUACGAUUUUGGGUCAUAAAUUAAAAAUGGGGUUGAGUGUGUAUUUGACAUAUGUAUCAAUAUAGAUAGGAAAAUAAAGUAAUUAAAGUAGUAUAUGAUACAAGUCCAUGAAUUCAUAUGUCAUCUCACACUAAUAAGACUCUUGUAAUUUUAAAGGAUGAAGUUUAAAAAGAGAAUUACCGUUAA